GCCUAUGCGUGGGGCGCAUGUUUUUUUUAAUGUCACUACGCAUGCACCCAAUUCGUUAGCUUGAGAAGGGAACAUGGCGGCGUCCCUGAUUUGCGGCCGAUUGUCGGCUAGCCUGAGAAAUUCUGGGGCAAGAUCGACGCGUAACACUGCAUCCAAAGUGCUGGGUGGUUCCUCCGGCCUUCUUGGGGCUCAGCAGCAGCCCUCCCACCUUCAGCAGCAGCAGAGGAACCUCUCCCUGCAUGAGUACAUGAGCAUCGGCCUGCUCAAAGAGGCUGGCGUCUGUGUGCCCGAGGGCAAGGUUGCCAGCUCACCCGAUGAAGCCUACUCUGUUGCCAAGGAGAUUGGCACCAAGGAUCUAGUGGUGAAGGCUCAAGUGUUGGCUGGAGGCCGAGGCAAAGGCACCUUCGAGGGAGGUCUGAAGGGAGGAGUGAAGAUUGUCUACUCUCCAGAGGAGGCCCGGGACAUCUCCUCUCAGAUGAUUGGUCGUAAGCUUUACACCAAGCAGACAGGCGAGCAGGGCCGUAUCUGUAACCAGGUGUUCAUCUGUGAGCGCAGGUACCCCCGCAGGGAGUACUACUUCGCCAUCACCAUGGAGAGAUCCUUCCAGGGCCCCGUGUUGAUUGGCAGCUCUCAGGGGGGCGUGAACAUCGAGGAUGUGGCAGCAGAGAAUCCCGACGCCAUUGUGAAGGAGCCAAUCGACAUCAUGGAGGGAAUCAAGAUGGAACAAGCUGUUUCGAUUGCCACAAAGAUGGGCUUCCCUGCUGCUCUGAUUGACGACGCAGCUGCUAACAUAAUCAAGCUCUACAACGUCUUCAUGAAGUUUGACGCCUCCAUGCUGGAGAUCAACCCCAUGGUGGAGGACGCCUCUGGCCAGGUGAUGUGCAUGGACGCCAAGAUCAACUUUGACUCGAACGCAGCGUAUCGCCAGAAGAAGGUGUUUGACAUGCAGGACUGGACCCAGGAGGAUGCCAGGGACCGACAGGCAGCCAAGGCUGACCUCAACUACAUUGGCCUGGACGGAUCCAUUGGGUGUCUGGUGAACGGGGCUGGUCUUGCCAUGGCCACCAUGGACAUCAUUAAGCUGCAUGGUGGCACGCCUGCCAACUUCCUGGACGUGGGGGGCGGAGCUACAGCCCACCAGGUGAUGGAGGCCUUUAAACUCAUCACCUCUGACAGGAAGGUGCAGGCCAUCCUUGUGAACAUCUUUGGUGGCAUCAUGAGGUGUGACAUCAUUGCUCAGGGCAUCAUCAUGGCUGUUACAGACCUGGACCUGAAGAUCCCCAUUGUGGUGCGGUUACAAGGAUCCAGAGUGGAUGAUGCCAAAGCUUUGAUUGCCGCUAGCCCACUGAAGCUCCUGGCCUGUGACGAUCUAGACGAGGCCGCUAGAAUGGUUGUAAAGCUUUCUGAAAUUGUGUCGCUGGCUCAGGAGGCUCAUGUGGACAUCUCUUUCCAGCUGCCACUCUAAGCCAUGUCCCUUGACUCUAUGACCACAUCUGAACCCUGACACCCCACCCCUUGAACAACAAGAAGAGCCUCUCAUUACUGAGCGAAUACUACAACACAGCCCACCAACUUCUGUUAGUUCUGUUUCUCUCUUUCUCUCUCAGUGGCAAGGCUCCAAAAUACACACACAUACAGGUAACUGCCAAAUUAAAGGAAACUAAGUAAAUGAGGGAUACAAAGUUGCCUGGCAACCCAGACUCCUUGCUCGUGCCAAACGCUAUGCCACGCCCACGAACGUUAGUUUCUUCACUGCAAAGAGUCUGGAUCUGAGUACCUUCCCGACCCUUCAUCAAAUGCGAACACAUUCAGGGUCGUCUGAUUGGUCCAGAAACCGAUGAUAUGAAUCAGAACACAGGUGUGUAAAGCUGCGGUUUGAAAAUGUCAUUAACUUUAGCUACUCUCUACUUUCCUCACUCGGUUUUGUUAUGUGUGAAGGGGCUUCCUACUGUGGCUUGUCGGUUUGUUCAAGCACACUUAUCAGAUUAGACACUGGGGGCGCUCCUCCAGAUUAGUCCAGUAUUAUUCACUCUGUUGUGUUUGUCCUCAGUGUAUAGGUUACAUUUACAACAAUGCUCAAGAGACUUUUCACACCACAUUCUUGCAAUACUUAGUCAAUAAACGCAUACCUUAGGUUCCAUGCUGGUAUGGUUGAAAGAGGACUAAUUACUGCAGGUGGGGGCAUUUAAAGGGGUAACCCCGCCUCUCAGGUGGAUGUGAUCUGAUUGAUUACUUUGACUGAGGUGUGUGGUGACCAAUAAGGAUCAGGCUCCCCUCCAGGAGGUAGGGGUUUUGUACACGGUUCAUUCUCCUGGAUCAGUGGUUUAGAGAGGGUUACUGCUGGAUGCAAUGUCAGUCAGUCAUAGCCCCCCCCCCCCCCCCCUUAAGUCUCCUGUCUGCCCCUGCAGGAGUGCCUUAUAUUGAGUGGUCUGAGAAUGGGAGAUGGGGUAAGAAUUAGGGGGGGGUUUAUAGGGCAGGUGCCCAUUGUAAUGACAGCUGCUAGGUUGUGACACUGGACUAAUACUUGGCAAACUAAGAAAAUAGUUUAUGGAAUGUAAAUCACUCUUAGGAGUACCUCAUGUCAAUCAUUUCAUCUCCAUGCAAUUUGAAAUGCAUAGCUGAAUAGUGGAUUGUUCUGAUUCUGGCAAGAGAGACUGACUCAUACCUGGAUAAAAGCAUCGGAGUACUCCUUUACUCCUGAACUAGUAUGAGUUAUUUGUGAGUGUUUAGUGUGUGUGAUAUCUAAACUACUGCUUAUCUGGUUGACUGCAUGUUUGUGUAUUUGUCUCUUCCAUCCCUUCUAUCGGAGGGUCUCCUAUAUAAUAGUCUGCCACCAUGUCACAGGAACAACCUUUCUCACUCUGUUCAGGUACAUAUGAUGACAAAAAUGGGGGUGGGCCGUGUCCACUCAACUGUUAAAAGAUUGUACUGUAGUUAAGUCUUCUCUCUAUUUCUCCCUAUUUCUCCCUAUCUCCCUCCAUUCCUCUGUAUCUGUUACUCCCCAGCCCUCAGAACACAGAAACACACAUAUUGUGAGUUGUAAGACAUUUAUUAUAUCUUGUAAAUAACGAGACCGCUGUUUUCUUCUAUAAAAUAUUUAUGCUUCUCUUGGGGAGUAAAAAAAAUGAAUAAAUGGAGAACACCGAC